AUGAAGCUGAUACUGAGGAUCUUUGGCCUCUCUUUGAAAGUCCUGGACCUUCUGGAUGACCAGGAGCCACCAAAACAGCUGCGCCGCGUCCCGCCCUGCCCGCCGCUUUUCGGGACGGCCGUCGGGCGCCUCUUCGCCGGAGCCGCCUGGCCGUCGAUCCGCCGGAGCCGCGAUGCUGCCCGGGCAGCCCAGGAGGGCGCCGCCUCCGCCCGGCAGCGGCUGAGGGAGACCGAGGCUCCUCCGACGCUCCGCCGAGAGACCGCCCGCCCCGCCAUGGCCCGCGCCGGCCUCCUCGGUCUCCUCCUGGCGCUGGGCAGAGUGCUGCAGGCCUGGGCUGGGCUGUCCCUGCCAGCCACCCCGGAUGGGCACGGCUGGCAGAGCCCCAUGGACUGUGCCCGCGCCAACGUGCUCUGUGCGUCUGAGCCCGGCUGCAGCUCCAGUUUCCGCACGCUGCGCCAGUGCCUGGCCGGCCGAGACCACAACACCCUGCUGGGCAACAAGGAGUGCCGGCUGGCGCUGGAGGUGCUGCAGGGGAGCGCUUUGCAUGGCUGCCGCUGCAGGCGCAGGAUGAAGAGGGAGCUGCCCUGCCUGCAAAUCUACUGGAGCCUCCACCUGGGCUCGGCUGGGGGGGAAGAACUGUACGAAGCUUCGCCCUACGAGCCCAUCCGCUCCCCUCCCUCCUCGGAUGCCUUCAGGCUGGCUUCAAUUGUCUCAG